AGGGGAGAAGGAUCUUUGACACCCACAACACGGGUCCUUUUUCCUCCAUCUCUCCACCUUUUUGCCUCCAGCUCCUCCUCCGGUCCCUCCAUCAUGGCCUGGAGCAAGAAACAAAUAGCCCUGGCCUUCCUGAUGGUGGUCACAGGCUCCAUUAAUACGCUGAGCACCAAAUGGGCGGACGAGAUCGAGGCGGAGAAUUCGGCGGGGGAGGUGACCCACUUCGUCCACCCAUACUUCCAGACCGAGGGCAUGUUUAUCGGCGAGAUGCUGUGUAUGUUGACGUUCUACAUCAUGAGGUGUUAUGAGCGGAGGCAGCGACGAGAUAAUGUGGAGAUGUCGCCUUCCACUCAACAAGUCACCAACUUCCCCAAACAAAUCUUCCUGGUGCCGGCGCUCUGUGACACCAUCGCCACCUCCACCAUGUACCUCGGACUUACCCUCACGUACGCCAGCUCCUUCCAGAUGUUGAGAGGCGCCGUCAUCGUCUUCACUGGCCUUCUCUCGGUGGCGUUCCUGGGGCGUAAGAUCAUGUGGUACCAGUGGCUUGGCAUCGUAACUGUCAUCGCCGGCUUGGUCAUCGUCGGCGUCUCGGACUUCAUCGGCACCAGCGUCGAGGGAUACACCACCAAUGGGAUCAUAACUGGUGACCUCCUCAUCAUCGCAGCCCAGGUGAUCACGGCGACACAGAUGGUGGUGGAGGAGAAGUUUGUGACCAAGCAUGACGUCCCUCCCCUGCUGGCUGUCGGCUGGGAAGGUGUGUUCGGCUUCAUCAUGAUGACCAUCCUUCUCGUCCCUUUCGACUUCAUCAACGGUGGAAUCUUCGCGCAGAACCCCAGCGGCACACUUGAGGAUAUCCCCGACGCUUUCUAUCAGAUUGGCACCACCCCCAUCCUCCUCGCACCCAUCCUUGGCAACAUCAUCAGUAUCGCAUUCUUCAACUUCGCCGGCAUUAGCGUGACGAAGGAACUCUCUGCCACGACGAGGAUGGUGUUGGACUCGGUGCGGACGCUGGUGGUGUGGGCGUUUUCCCUCAUCAUCAAGUGGCAGAAAUUCCAGUACCUGCAGCCGAUUGGUUUCUUCGUCCUUAUUAUUGGCAUGACGCUCUACAACGACAUCAUAAUCCUGCCGUUCUGCCGUGCGAGAGGAUGGGUGAAGCCCGACCCCGUACCAGAGGACACCGAGCCCGUCAUCCAGCCCUCAUCCUCCUCAUCCUCGGGCAGGUUUGGCGAGGGCGCGGAAAAGAAGGGCGUCGACAACCUGGACAGCACAGUGGAGGUGAUGUAGAGGGUUGCGUAGAGAGGAAAAGAAAGAGAAGAGAGGAAGAGAGAAGUGAAAAGAGGAGGAUAAAGGAAAAAGGUUUGUCUAUCAUUCCUAUCAUCGUCACAUAAGGAAUCAGUGUAUCAUUGUGAGGAAAAAGAUAAAGAAAGAGAAGAGAUUGAGGUUGUGUAGAAGGAAAGAAGAGGAGAGAGGAGAAGAAGGAAAGAGAAAAGCUAUAUCUAUCAUCCCUAUCAUUGUCCCAUAAGUAAGAAGUGUAUCGUUGAGAGGAGAGAGAUAGAGAAAGAUAAGAGGGUAAGGUUGUGUAGAAGGAAAGAAGAGAGGGAAAGAGAACAGAGAAAGAGAGGAGGUUAAGAUUGUGUAGAUGGGAGAAGAGAAAAAGAGAAAGAGAAGAAGGGGGCUUACCUGCUACCCCUAUCAUCAUCACAUUAAAAAAAGACUAUCGCUCCAGUACUAUCAUUAUUACCAUCAUUAUUUACAGCUAUAAUUAACUUACUGCAUUUUUUUUAUAUAUAUUUCAAGAUUCAGUGUUUUAUAUAUAUUUUUUUUCUCUGAUAUAUAAAGUACAGCUAUUAUCAUUAUUAUUAUUUUUUUCACAGCCUCCUCCUUCUAUUUUCUUUUUGUGAUAUCUACGCUCUUCAGUUUUAACUAUCCUCACUUACGUUUCACUAUCCUCAUCUCUCAUGUUCGCGGAGAUAUGAGGAUAGUGUGUUCGAGUUUCAUUGUCGCUCAUUUUCACCUGUUUUCGAUAUUCAUGUUGUUUUUUAAGUGUCAUUUUCUUCGUCACUUUCACUCUGUAUUUCUGCUUCAUCUCUCUAGUGCAAAAAAUCAAAACGGUUAAAAUUAGUAAUACAGUUUUGAUCUAAUGACCUGUUUUCCAUACCUCUUGACUUGUGUUUCCUAUCCUUCCUUUCCUCUCCUAUCCUUUCCUUUCCUUUCCUUUCAUUCCGUCCUUUCCUUUCCUUGCCUUUCCCUUCCUUUCCUUUCCUUUCCUUCCUUUCAUUCCCUCCUUCCCUAUCUUUCCUUCCUCUCCUUCCUUCCCUUACCUCUCUCUCCCUUUCCCACCUUUCCCUCCUUUCCUAUCCUUUCCUAUCCUUCAUUUCCUUCCCUUCCCUUCCUCUCCUUCCUCUCUUCAUUCAUAUAAUUCCUCAGUUCAUAAUAAGUUUUGUCAGGUGUUCAUCAUCAGGUAUAAUUACUUCACUAACUAUGGGGUAGAAAAUUAUGUAGUUACUCUAUUUACAUUUAUUUUUUCAUAUAUAUAUAUAUAUUUCGUAAGUUAUGAAAUGUAUGGUAGUGAGAUAUUCUAAUGUUUCCGUAGAGUUAUAUUCGAGUUCACAUUCAGCAAUAUAACGCUUUUUUUUUUCCUACUUAGCUCAUGUAAUUACAUAUAUGUGCCGGGUGUAUUUUAUUUUUAUCACUCAUUAUUAUUAUUAUUUUUUUUUUAGGAGAAAGGAGUAAGAGUAUUUUUUAAGUUUCGAUAUCACGUAACCUGUUUGUGUGUUCAUGUGUAGCAGCUCGCAAGAAGUGUUAACCAAAAAGAAUCAUGGUUGUGGUUUGGUGUGCUGUGUGUGUGUGUGUGUGUGUGUGUGUGUGUGUCAUCCUCAUUUUUAUAUAGACAUGAAACUACUCUUAUAUCGAGACCACUUAUAUGUAGAGUCUUAUGUAUAGUUUUUUAAUUCAUAUAUAACAUUGCCAUUCUUCUUUCAGUAUGAUUUUAAGGUCUACCAUGUUUUACCAUUGACAGCGUAGCCAAUUCAGGAAGGCAUGCAUGAGUCUAAGGCUUCUUUUCAUACGAGUCACGCUAUACGGUUGUGCAUAAGUUGGUUUAACCUGUUCGCUGCGAUUGACACGGAUUUCCCCUUCACUGGUAGCCUGGUAACAUACACUCCCAGGUCCUUCUCUGCCUCUGUGGUGGAUAGUGGAGUGUUUCCCAUGUGGUAUUGGUGUGCUGGAUAUCCCUUCACUGGUAGCCUGGUAACAUACACUCCCAGGUCUUUCUCUGCCUCUGUGGUGGAUAGUGGAGUGUUUCCUAUGUGGUAUUAGUGUGCUGGAUAUCCCUUCACUGGUAGCCUGGUAACAUACACUCCCAGGUCUUUCUCUGCCUCUGUGGUGGAUAGUGGAGUGUUUCCCAUGUGGUAUUAGUGUGCUGGAUAUCCCCUCCUAAAGUGCAGGACUUUACAUUUUUCUUCAUUGAAUUGUAGCAGCCACUUUUUGUUUCAUAUAUGUAGCUUGGUGAUGUCUUCUUGUAGGAAAUCCAGAGUCAAGGGGUUAAGGAGACAUAAUAUCACUCUUUUGUAUUUUAUUUAAGGUAACUUCAUUGUGCCACCCACUAUUAAUAUGACAAGUGUAUGUAUAUAUUUUUCUCAGGCAGUAUGCAGUGAGUUUUAUGCAUAUCACACUUUGAAUACAAACAUUGAGGGACAUAUUCACACUGACUAUCGACUUCUGUUUCAUAUUAUUACUGUUGUUAUUACUACUAUUACUACUACUACUACUACUGUUAUUAUGUACAUUUAAUUAUUUUGUUACCAUGACACAACAAUAAUUCCAGUUUGUGAAGAGAUAUUUGUAUGAGAGAAGAAAAGAAUCAGAAAAGUGUCAAUUGUGUUUUUAAUUUAUAUGUUUUUAUGUAAUUAUCGCAGCAUGAUUUAAACUGGACAUCUCUCUCUGCUUUCCUUAUAAGAGCAGCUCGAUAUUAUUAAAAGUGGAAGUGGAUCAGUUAGUAUUGGAGCGAGAGAGUUGGAAGUAGCAGGAUUGAGUGUGCCGAGAGGGAGUGCCAGAACAGGGAGAGAUGGAGACACUCAAUUUUUUUUAUCUCUCUGCUCUCCUUAUAAGAGCAGCUCGUUGUUAUAAGUGGAAGUGGAUUAAUAGGAUGAGCGAGUAUUGGAGCGAGAGAGUUGGAAGUAGCAGGAUUGAGUGUGCCGAGAGGGAGUGCCAGAACAGGGAGAGAUGGAGACACUCAAUUUUUUUAAUGCAUAUACAGUAAAAGAAGGGAAAAAAAAGCAAUACAUGUUCUGAAGAUGCCAUAUGACAAUAGAAAAACAACAACAAAAACAUUACUUUCAUAUUUUUUGAACUUUUACCUGAAGCUCCAACAUAGAAAUAACACACAACUUCAAUACCUCUUCCUCUAUUCUCUUUCUAAAUGGCUAUCCAAACACCUGCAGUUCAUAUGUUACCUGUGAAAACACUACUAUAGGUACAAAGAAGAAUGUUGAAGUCUGUACGUCUGUCUAAUUCAUUCUUGUGUGUGGUGUGCUUCUGUCCAAGGGAGUUUGCAUAUUAACUUUUGAUAUUUAUUCCGAGACAGUUUUUAUAUCAUGUACAUAUCUGGUUAGACCUAAGGAUGGCAGUGCUGCUAAAAGAACAUAGACAGGCCUUAUGGUAUUUCAGAUAUUGGUCAGUAUGAUAAGCCCCUUUUGCUUCUAACAUCAACUAUUUCUAAAGGUCAAAGAAGGGGUCAGUCGGGUUCUUAUGAGUGAUUCUUUAGGCUCAUGGUACAGAAGAAGGGUCUAACUACCACCAGGGCCAUAAAACUACUACUGGAAAUGCCCAAAACUCCUAUGAAAGCCUUGUCAAAAAUUGUGUUUCUUUAGGUUCAUGGUACAGAAGAAGGGUCUAACUACCACCAGGGCCAUAAAACUACUACUGGAAAUGCCCAAAACUUCUACAAAAGCCUUGUCAAAUGUGUUUCUUUAGGUUCAUGGUACAGAGGAAGGGUCAGACUACCACCAGGGCCAUAAAGCUACUACUGGAAAUGCCCGAAACUCGUAUGAAAGCCAUGUGAAAUAUGUGUUUCUUUAGGUUCAUGGUACAGAAGAAGGGUCUAAUUACCACCAGGGUCAUAAAACUACUGGAAAUGCCCAAAACUCCUGCGAAAGCCUUGUCAAAUAUGUGUUUCUCUAGGUUCAUGGUACAGAGGAAGGGUCUAAUUACCACCAGGGUCAUAAAACUUCUGGAAAUGCCCAAAACUCCUGUGAAAGUCUUGUCAAAUAUGUGUUUCUUUAGGUUCAUGGUACAGAGGAAGGGUCAGACUACCACCAGGGUCAUAAAACUACUUCUGGAAAUGCCCAAAACUCCUACAAAAGCCUCGUCAAAUGUGUUUCUUUAGGUUCAUGGUACAGAAGAAGGGUCACACUACCACCAGGGCCAUAAAACUACUACUGGAAAUGCCCAAAACUUCUACAAAAGCCUUGUCAAAUGUGUUUCUUUAGGUUCAUGGUACAGAGGAAGGGUCAUACUACCACCAGGGCCAUAAAACUACUACUGGAAAUGCCCAAAACUCCUACGAAAGCCUUGUCAAAUGUGUGUUUCUUUAGGUUCAUGGUACAGAAUGGUCACACAACCACCAGGGUCAUAUAUCUACUGGAAAUGCCCCAAACUCUUACGAAAACCUUGUCAAAUAUGUUUCUUUAGGUUCAUGGUACAGGGUCAAACUACCACCAAGGUCAUAAAACUACUCCUGGAAAUGCCCACAACUCCUACGAAAGCCUUGCCAAACAUGUGAACUUGGGUGACGAAAUGUUUAGGAAUACAACACAUUAUUAGAAAACUUAACAAUAUGCAUAGUGUGACUUUUGUAUCAGUGUAAUGUUCCAAGUUUUCCGACAAUAUCUAGAAAACUAUGAGGCCUAUCCAUGUUUUCUUAGCAACAUUAUAAUCCUUAGAGUUAGAUGUACAUUUCCCUCAUCAUUUGAAGGAUUUAUAUGUAUAGAAAGAGAGCUAAAUGGUUUAUCGUAGCAGCUUUUAAUGUUGAGCGAUAGUCACUGCCGGGUACCUUGUCCACGAAUCAUAUGUCAUCCAUUAGAUCACAGGGUUACUGGGUGUUAUUUCUGUAACUUGAAUAGCCUUCCUUUGUCUGCAUAUCAACUUACCUAUCAUAGUGACUGACCUGCCCAAUAUUCAACAAGUGUGGUAUCUCUUUGGCUGACUGGUUAACCCGGUAGCAGCGGGGAUCAUGUUUCUUAAUGGUCCCUCUAAGCGAGAAAAAUGAGAAAAAAUCAUCACUCACACAAACCAUUUCAUAAUAUAUAUCGAAGCAUUUGUGAUCAGUUUAUGUAUCAUCUAUUUUGGGGGGUUUAAAUCAUGGCACAAAUUUGGCCCGUUGCUGCUACACGGUAAAGCCACAAAUUUGGCCCGUCGCUGCUACAUGGUAAAGCCACAAAUUUGGCCCAUCGCUGCUACUGGAUUAAGGACCUUCUAUCCCAUCUGUCUGGUUGGAGGUUCGAUUCCCAGCACCAGAAAUCUUUAUUUAUAAUUCUUCACCUAUUGAGAUAUAUAUAUACCACAUGAAUCCGUGUUUUAUAUAAUAGCUUUUCUUUUUCACAUUUAGCUGUAGUUCAGUUCAGCAAGUAAAGAGAAACCUUCCCAAUAUGGCAACAGUUUUAAAAAUCAUGUAAUUCCUGUACGUUUUUUAUGCAUAAGUAUUUUCAUGUAUAACUAUUUUCAUGUAUAAUUUUCAGGUAUUUUGGGGCAUAGAGGCUCUUGAGAUAGGGUGAGGAAUUUUCUAACUGUGGAAUGGAAUAUAUCAGGCUUCUCAUGCAUAAGUAAUUUCAUGGGUAGGUCCUUAAAUGGGGGUAGGUCCUUAAUUUUGGGGGAGGUCCUUAAUUGUGAGGGGUAGGUCCUUAAUUUUGGGGGGUAGGUCCUUAAUUUUGGGGGGUAGGUCCUUAAUUAUGGGGGGUAGGUCCUUAAUUAUGGAUGCAUGCUUAAGUAAUAUAGAUAUUUUAGGGGCAUUCUUGGUGGGAGUGUAUGAUUGUUUUCCUUUAUUGUUCGAGAAUUUUUAAGUGCGACAAUUCACAACGUCAAAUUAGUCGCUAUCGUGUAAGGCCAAAGUGUACGACGUGAUAGUGGUGUAUAGUGUCAUAGAUAUAGUGAACUUUUUAUGCGAGGUAUUUUAACAUAAUAAAACAUGACCUGAA